AUGAACGCCAAAGAAGGAGACACCGUAUGGCUGGAGAUAAUCCACGCCAUGACGCUUACGCACCAGGGGAAACACGCACCUGAACGUUAUGCAACCGCCGAGAAGGAGCUACGCAGGAUCAUCGAGCGCUUCAGGCGGAUCGAGGCCACUGGGUCGUGGUAUGACGAGCAGAUUCGGCACUUUGCCAUCAAGUGCAGUCUGGCCCAGAUCGCCCACAUGCAACAUGACUGGGAAGAGGCCCAACGUCGGUGGGCCGACGUCGUCGCCUAUGGAAUGGAGAGUGUCACAGAUUGGAAAGGGGAGAAUUACUACAUCGAAGUGGCUAAGUACAGUCUCGCCGAUGCUCAGUGCAGUGCGGACAUGGACCCGCGUGUUGUUAUCCCGCCGCUGGUCAACACUAUCAGGGCAAUUGAAGGGAAACGGGUGACUUGGAUGCUGGGCAUGGGCACUUUCUGGUUGGACUACGUGCAUGAGCGUAUGGCGCCGAUGGCUGAUGUCCUAUCCAAGCUGAACACCACAGACACCGUGGAAGCCAAGCUUGCUGUGCUGUCGGUCGUUGCGCAUGAGCUUUAG